GCUCUGGACGGUCUAUGCUGAGUCUGCGGGGCUCACCAACGCCCUCGUGAACUUCGACCAUGGGGCCAGCAGACAGGAUGGCCAGCUGGCUUCAGCUGCUCCUCGUCCUCCUCCUGGCCUCUGGGACAUGCAUGGGACUGCCCUCAGUCUUCCUUCCAGCUCCUACGGCCAGUGCGGUCCUGGGGAGGUGGCGGCGGGCCGGUUCCUACCUGCUGGAAGAGAUCUUUGAGGGGAACCUGGAGAAAGAGUGCUACGAGGAGAUCUGUGCCUAUGAGGAAGCAAGAGAGGUGUUUGAGCAUGACGAGGACACGGUUGAGUUCUGGAAGCAGUAUCUGGGAGGCUCACCCUGCAAAUCACAGCCCUGCCUCCACGGUGGCUCGUGCAAGGACCACAUCCGAGACUACACCUGUACCUGCACUGAGGGCUUCGAGGGCACCCACUGCGCCUUUGCAAAGGGCCUAUGCUACCCGUGGAGGCCGGAUGGCUGUGCCCACUUCUGCCGACCUGGUCCCAGCUCCUACUUGUGCAGUUGUGCGCGGGGCCACCAGCUGGGUCCAGACCGCAAGGCGUGUGAGCCACAUGAUGUGUGUGCCUGUGGGGUCCUAAGUUCCCGAGGUGGUGUGGUGCCCUUGGCAGGCAGAUGGAGCAUUGCAGCCUUCCCGUGGCAGGUGCGGCUCCGAGAUGCGGAGGGAAGGGCCUUCUGUGCGGGUGUGCUGGUGGACAAGAGCUUUGUGCUGACCACGGCCAGCUGUGCGCUCCAGCCCAGUAACAUUAGUGUGGAGAUGGGUGAGUAUGGAUUGCUGGCGGUGAGACACAGGCACGUGCACCCACGGUACGACCAUGACUCAGGGGACAAUGAUCUUGCUUUGCUGGAGCUGACACUGCCCCUCCAAUGCCCAGAUGAAGGGCACCCCAUUUGUGUUCCUGAGGGGGACUUUGCCAAACAUGUGUUGGUACCCGGUAACGAUGGCCUCCUCAGCGGCUGGACGCUCAAUGGCUCAGAGCUGGCUGAGCUGCCCACACAGCUACCAGUCAUGGCCCUGGACAGCAGCAAGUGUGCCAGCAUCCUCAACGUGACCAUCACCACCAGGACCUACUGUGAGAGGGUGGGCAUGGUCAAGUGCAGGAUGGCGCUCUGGGGGGCGGGCAGCGCAGUGGUCCGGCACCAUGGGGGCACUUGGUUCUUGACGGGACUCCUGAGCUCAGCAUCCCCUGAACAGCCAGUGGUGCUUCUCACCAAGGUGUCCAGGUAUGCGCUGUGGUUCCGGCAGGUGAUGGGGAUGGGAUGA